AUGUCACAUGAGGGGCAUAAUCACGGUGAUAUGGACAUUAUGGGAGGUGGUGACAAGCCUGCUAUGAGUGGCGGCAACAUGCCCCCAAUGGGCGGCGACCUGAGAAACACAACAGAGGUGAUGAUGCACUCGAGCCUUUACUGGGGAAAAGAUGCUGUAAUCUUGUUCUCUGAUUGGCCAAAACAGAAUCUUGGCAUGUAUAUGCUUGCGUUCUUCUUAAUCUUUCUCAUAGCUUUAGCUACUGAGGUUUUGUCAGUCUCUCCAACUGUAAAAACUGGCACCAGCCCCAUCAAGGCAGGUGCUAUUCAAGCCAGUGUCUAUGCUAUAAGGAUUGGUUUUGCUUAUCUUGUCAUGCUCUCUGUCAUGUCCUUCAACAUAGGCAUAUUCAUAGCAGCUGUGGCUGGACACUCACUGGGAUUCUUCCUCGUCAAAGCUCGUUCGCAUGCCCAGACCAACCAAGCUGCUUCCAAAGUUUGAAUUAUAUAUAUACAUAACUACUUUCUAUGUUGUGUGUUUACAUGUUGAUUUUCAUCUUGAGUGUGUGUGAAUAACUCUAGUGUUUGAUGUGUGAUUGCCCUCCCAGAUAAAAUAAUAAUAAAUGGGAUCUUAGGGUGAGGUUUGUAAUAAAGUCUUCUAAAUGCGGCCUUUGUUCUUAGUUAUGAUUUAGGUUGUUGACUAAAAGUCUAGGUCUGCAUUUAAAGGCAAGUGUGCUGAUUUCUGUAUACGACAUUAUAGUUUUGAACUUCUAAAUUUAUGUGUUGGCUUGCAGUUAAUUUAUGAUCUGUUGAGUGCAGUGAGCAAUUAACAGAGCAUAAUUUAGAUUGCUGAUUGGUAUAGUCCCACAAUGAGAUCUGUGUAAAGCUCAUACUUGUCAUCAAGAACUAGAAUUUGAGCAGCCAUAA